AUAUCAAGCCUAUCGAUUUCGUAUUCAGUGAUAUCGAUAGCCGUGUGAUAAGUUUAUGCCACGUCUUUUACGUUCUUCAGAUUUGUAUUAAUAAGUAGUGAAAUAGAUAAAUUAAAAAUGGCACCCCAACAGAAGGGAAAACAGGGCACCAAGGGCGCAAAACAAAUCGUAGAAGAGAACAAAACAACAUUGACUUUCUAUAGGAACAUGGCUAUUGGAUGCGCUGUACCCGCCGUAUUACUAAGCUUUCUGGUUUUUGAAGUUACAAAACUCACAGUGUUCAUGCUGGCUGUAUCGCUGCUAACCUUAGGAGCCGCUUACCAAUUUAUGGUAUUCAUGUCGCGGGCAAAGUACUCAGAGAGCGGCGCACUUUUGGACUCUGGCAAUGAUUUAAAUAUGGAAGGGGGCAUUGCAGAAAAUGUUAAGGAUUUGAUCAUACUUACCUCUGGCACGCUUCUAUUGGCUUUGAUUUCCAACUACUUUUGGCUGGUGCUGCUGCUGGCGCCCAUCCGCGCCGUUUGGAUGCUCUGGGGCACUGUUAUACAGCCCUGGCUAUCGCAGCGCAAUGCCGCCGAGGAACAGCCCGAAGUGGAUGAGAAGAAACAGCGUAAAUUAGAUCGCAAAAUGCGUCGCAUGAGAUAAAAGCAGCUAGAGAUUUCUCCUCUCCUUUGAGGCUGCCCAAUAAGUUACAUAUACUUUUUAAAUGAGAUUUUACGCUUAGUUAACUUGGUCAUUAAUUAGAGGCCAAAGUGAAAACAAAAUAUGUGCGGGUAUUCCAAAUUUGUUUCUGGUUUUUUUUUACAUUAAAUCGAGACAAA